AUGCCCCUCAUGCUUACUGAAGAAUUUACAUGGCCACGAUGGGACUACACCAAUUAUGAUACAAUAGUAGAACAAGGAGACAGUAUUACAUUAUCUUGCCCCUACGACAGCAAAGGCACACUAAAUACUUUUAUAAACUUUCCUCAUCUAACUGAAUUGAAGACAUCAUGUCAUAAAGAAGACACAUUUACAUUAAACGAUAAAUUCUAUAAGCUCACAGAUUUUCUUUGCAAUAACAAUAUUCAAACUUCAGUAGUCAAAGAACAUAAAAAAUGUUUGACAGAUACUUCACAACAGAUGACAAUCGGGUAUCGAGCAUCUGAAUUUGUAGAAACUUACAAAGUCUGUUUUGAUUAUGCAAACAAUAUGCCUCUUUAUACUCGAACAUCGCUGACGAAGACAGACGGUGAGAUAAACGGUGCCCACGAUUGGUUUACCUACCCAGAAAUUGGAAACCCAAGAUUGAAAAGUACAUUUACUUGUCAAGCUUGCUGUUAUAAUAAAACUCAUCUUGUCAACCCUAGAGAUUUUAAUUCCGACGCUGCUAAGAAAACUACUUUCAUUAAUUAUUUGAAUGAAGUCCCAUAUUGGCGUGCUUGUGAAAAUACUGCAAUGCAAACAACUUGGGAAGACAUAUCACAUAUGGUGAGGGAUCAGUUAAUUAACUAUGAUAACAUUAUAACCUGGUCUGGGACACACACGUUUCAACGGAAAUAUGGACUGCUCGUACCACGCUAUUUGUGGAAGGUGCUGAAGUUCGAAGAAGAUAGUAUAGCUUUAAUUCACGUGAAUGACCCAGCGCCGAUAGACACGGAUAUAAAAUGCAAUGACAUAAGUCAAACAAAUGACAUGUUAUACUGGUUUUCAGCCAGUAAUAAAUACACUUAUUGCUGCGAUUUGAAUGAAUUCGUAGAUGCAUUUGGUUUGCAUGGGAUCGACUUUACAGAAUAA